CUCUCUCUCUCUAUCUCUGUAUUUACAUAUAUAUAUUCUCUUUCUACCUCAUAGUAAUUGAUGUUGAUAUAUGCGGCACACAAAUUCAAUUCAAUCAGAGUCUAGUUUCAAUUGGGGUUGAUUCGAUUCGACUUUUCUUGAUGGUUUCAACUCUUUCCACCAAAUCCCACAGCAGAAUCAAUCCCAAAAAGUGAAAUUUUUCACAUAUCUUUUCCUCCCUUUUCUCUUCUCUCUUGUGUGAUGGAAUUUCUGGGCUCUGUUUCACUUCAGAAUUUUCUAGAGGGAUCUGCCAAGACACAUAGCUUCUGAAUUAUUUGACUCCCUGGAUUGGUUGUUUGUGGUGGCGGAUCGAUAAAAUCUUAGGAAAUGGGGUGUUUUCUAUCGACUCAAAAGGACACGGGCGGGAACCGGAGGAGGCCAGCAAACAUUGGGGAUGUUGCUGUGUUUGUUCCGGGUUUACGGAUCCCUAAGCCCACCAAUUUCUCGGAGGCGUUGGGCGAUCACCUGUCUAAAAGCUUGGUGGAGCGCCUAUCUGCGCUUAGGACGAGGAUAGUUGUUAUGGCCGGGCAAGAAGCUCCAACGAUUACAAGAACGAGAAGGAAAACUGCAACCCAACAUGGAGGUUCGACACUGGGUGAUCUCCUUCAAGCUCUAGAAGAUUAUCUGCCUGUGCUUCUGGGAUUGGUUAAAGAUGGGAGUCCCUUGCAACACAAAGUAGAGUUCGUUUGGAUCAAUCAAGAAGACGAAGCGGAGGAAACGGCAAUGUGUAGCGCUUGGUAUGAAGUAUUAUCUGUUUUGCACUUGAUGGCAACGCUGUCGUUAUCUCAAGCUAAUCUGUUGCUCCUUCCAAGAACGUCAGUCGAUGGUUAUCAGCCCAAGCUAACAGAAGAGAGUCGUCGAUCUUCUGUUGAUGUUUUCUUGAAGGCAGCUGGUUACCUUGACUGUGCUGUCCGGCAUGUUCUCCCACAGUUGCCCGACGAACUAAGGAGAAAUCUUCCGGUCGACCUUGCUGAAGGAGUCCUACGAGCACUCUGCCUUCAAGCACUUGGACAGGGUGUUGAUAUUCAGCUGGGACUCGCCAUCGACAGCACUAAAGCAACACUGGCUGUGAAACGAAGACUUGCCUGCGAGAUGGUGAAAUACUGGCAACAGGCGCAAGAUAACAUAAUGAACCUUGCAUUGGCGAACGGGUGGGGAGAGAAGCACAGGCUAUUCGUGAAGUGGAAAUACCUCGAAGCAAAGGCUGCAGCAUACUACUACCACGGCCUGAUUCUGGACGAGGGGAACACUGAGAAGUCUCACGGAAUGGCUGUAGCAGCUCUGCAAGCAGCAGAUGAGUGCCUCAAAGAGAGCAACAAAGCAUGUGAAGCUUUUCACUCAUCAACACCCCUAUCUAGGAAUCCUCCUCUGUGGGGAACAAUGAAGUUUCUGUCUGAAAAGAUUCCAAAGGAUACUUGUAGCAAAGUGAGAAUCAACAAGGAUCUUUACUCCCACGACAAGAUAAUGGAGACAGCACCAACGCUGCCGGAUUUCACUCUGGCCCUCAAACCGGACGAGUACCAGCUUCCCGAGGUGGAUCUUUCGUGGAAUCAACAAGCACAAAAGAGUAGAUGAUGAUGAUGAUGGCAUGACCAAAAUGGUUGUCACAAUUUAUGAAUUAUGUGGUGUUUUGCUCUGUAAAAUUCACAUUUUAGUGUAGAUCUCAAUGUGUGCAAGUAUGCUACGGUAGCAUAAUAAUUUCAACCAUUUUAUAUGCUCAAUUCCAGCUUGAUAAGUUCGAAUUUCA